GGUACCUUCCUUGGGCUUGAUUCCAUGACAUCUAAUGACUAAUUGGUUUAGGGAUGUAAAGGCUCAGUGGGGUUGAGAAACCCCAGAUCUUGCUGAAAAGACACCCAUUCCAAGUCUACUCAGAAGGGAGACAUACUUUAGAGUCAUCUUCAGAUGCCAUGGCUAGUCCAGGGAAAGAUAACUAUAGAAUGAAAAGUUACAAGAAUAAAGCGCUAAAUCCUCAAGAGAUGAGGAGAAGAAGAGAAGAAGAAGGAAUACAGCUUCGAAAACAAAAGAGGGAAGAACAGUUGUUCAAACGCAGAAAUGUCUCCUUGCCCAGAAAUGAUGAAUCUAUGCUAGAAAGUCCUAUCCAGGAUCCAGAUAUCACUUCCACUGUACCCAUUCCAGAGGAAGAAGUUAUUACCAGUGAUAUGGUUCAGAUGAUUUUUUCUAAUAAUGCUGAUCAGCAGCUAACAGCAACACAGAAAUUUAGAAAGUUGCUUUCUAAAGAACCUAAUCCACCAAUAGACCAAGUUAUACAAAAGCCAGGAGUUGUACAGAGAUUUGUGAAAUUUCUUGAAAGAAACGAAAAUUGUACUUUACAAUUUGAAGCUGCAUGGGCAUUAACUAACAUAGCAUCCGGAACUUUUCUACAUACCAAAGUAGUGAUUGAAACAGGGGCUGUUCCAAUUUUUAUCAAACUUCUUAAUUCAGAACAUGAAGAUGUUCAGGAACAAGCUGUUUGGGCACUUGGUAAUAUUGCUGGUGAUAAUGCAGAAUGCAGAGAUUUUGUUUUGAACUGUGAAAUACUUCCACCUCUUUUAGAGUUAUUAACAAAUUCAAACAGACUUACAACAACCAGAAAUGCUGUAUGGGCCCUCUCAAAUUUAUGUAGAGGCAAAAACCCUCCUCCAAACUUUAGUAAGGUUUCACCUUGCUUAAGUGUACUAUCACGAUUAUUGUUUAGCAGUGACCCAGAUGUGUUAGCAGAUGUGUGUUGGGCCCUUUCUUAUCUCUCUGAUGGACCCAAUGAUAAAAUUCAAGCUGUCAUUGAUUCAGGAGUCUGUCGAAGAUUGGUGGAGCUUUUGAUGCACAAUGAUUAUAAAGUUAUAUCACCUGCACUAAGAGCAGUUGGUAACAUUGUGACUGGUGAUGAUAUUCAGACACAGGUAAUUUUGAACUGUUCUGCAUUGCCCUGUCUCUUACACUUACUGAGUAGCCCAAAGGAAUCAAUAAGAAAAGAAGCUUGCUGGACUGUUUCUAACAUCACUGCUGGAAAUAGAGCUCAGAUUCAGGCUGUUAUAGAUGCAAAUAUUUUUCCUGUUUUGAUUGAGAUUCUUCAAAAAGCAGAGUUUCGCACUAGGAAAGAAGCAGCUUGGGCUAUAACUAAUGCAACAUCAGGAGGCACUCCGGAGCAAAUAAGGUAUUUGGUAGCCUUAGGCUGCAUUAAACCACUUUGUGACCUUUUGACUGUUAUGGAUUCCAAAAUAGUACAAGUGGCUUUAAAUGGACUUGAAAAUAUCUUACGUCUUGGAGAACAAGAAUCCAAACAGAAUGAAAUAGGUGUUAAUCCCUACUGUGCUCUCAUUGAAGAAGCAUAUGGUCUGGAUAAAAUUGAAUUUCUUCAAAGUCAUGAAAAUCAGGAAAUUUACCAGAAGGCUUUUGAUCUUAUUGAACAUUACUUUGGUGCAGAAGAAGAUGAUCCCAGCAUUGCACCUCAGGUGGAUGAAAACCAACAACAGUUUGUAUUUCAACAGCAAGAAGCACCAAUGGAAGGGUUUCAACUUUGACUUGAUGAGGGAAAAAAUUUUUUGGCUAAAAGGAUAGCUUCAGAUAUCUUCUUUUCAUUGCCAGUUUCUGUAGAGAUGUUUGAUGUUUUUCACAUAGAACAGAAAAGAAACAGUUUGCACUUUAAAAACAUAAUAAGAAACAAAAUUUCCAUUCAGAUGCAAGCUUCUCUUAUAGAUUUUUUUGGUGUGCCUAUAUUUAUGUCUGUUAUUGUUUGGACUUUGUAUUUAUGAACAAAUAAGUAUGUUAUGCAAUUAUUUGAUAACUAAGCUUGAAAAGAAGAACUUUAACAAAGUAUUACAUAAUGGUUCUGAAAAUUUUCAAGCAUCUUGGAAACUGUACAUUAGCAGUAUAGCUAUUGAUAACUACAUUUUGACAUUAAGUCUGACAUGCCCAAUUUCCACCAAAUCUACCUCUAUUUUGAAGCAAAAAUAAAAGCAAAAGCUUCAGAGACAUAAAAUAAGUGUAAAAGUUAAAUUAGAAUGUGAAAAUAUUUAUUACCUUAAAUUAUAAAUCACUGUGCUGUUGGUUAUACUUUGCAUAAAAAUUGCAACAGAAAGCCUAUAAAAUGUAUUAAUAUAGAAGAAAUAUUGUAUUGAUAAUCAAUUAAAAUGUGGUAAUUGUGAAGAGAAAAGCUGUUCUUCAUUUUGAACACAUUAAAAGGAUUACAAAGCAUUGAA